CUUGACUGUAACUCGUCUCAAAUGGUAAAAUGUGUCUUCUGUGCACAGUUCCAUGAGGUUUUACGGUGUUUUUCACAGCUGCAUUGAAGAGUAGAGGCGUGGCACACUGAUGGCCACUCGUGUGCUGUGUCGGCGGGUCUGCUCCCUCCCUGGCUGGAGAAGAAGUCUCACCCAAGGUCAACACAGUCACACCAAAACAAGGGAAGAGAUAAGUGAACAGGAGGAAAGCAAGAAUGUGUCGGAUCACCUGGAUGUUUCCUUCCAACGUGGAUACAAACUGUAUUACAAUCCUUCGUCAUAUCAUGUUACAAGGACCUCUGCUAAUUCUCGCAGUCAGAUGGAUAGCUCUGAAGAGGAGCAGUUUUUCAGUGCUUCCUUUUGGCAGCAGAGCAACCACUACAGCGUGAGUUGCUCACGGCACCUCUCAAGCUCCAAAAACACACUUCUUGAUUUAGCUCUAAACAGAGCAUCUGAAACCGAAGCACCAUCUGUGUCGUCCUACAACAGGAAGCCAGUCACACCAGAUGUUAAAGUUGACACACGAGCCUUCCUUAAAUGCAGACCAGAGUACGCUUUCCUGUCCCUUGACCUCACCCAGCGACCUCAACCAGUAGAAUGGGUAGAAUUGUUGCCACGACUUCAAAAAGUGUCUGUUUUAAGGGCCAGGAUGAAGCCACCUGACGUGUUGCAGUUUCUCUUGGAGCUCAGCAAGUUGCACCCAGACAAGAUGCCUCUGCUGCAAAGUGACCAGCGGUUUAUCAUGCUUCUCCGAUAUUCUGUAGAGCACCUCCGCCUCUUCUCUGAGCUACAGCUGCUGGAGGUGUUACAGUCGUUUGUGUGGUUGGAGAUACCCUCGUCCCACACCAUGCUCGAGGUGUACGAAGCCGAACUGAGCCGUCGGGCCAACCAGCUGACUCUACAUCAGUUAUUAUUAGCUGCUGACUUGUGGCGCUGUAUUGGGAGACAGGUGCCACAGUUCUUGCAAUGUCUCUUUGAGUCAGUUCAUCUUUAUUUGGGACAAGUAGGAGUCCCUGAGCUGGUGCAGCUCCUUUACAUAAUAGGAGAAGGUAGGCACUGUCCAAAAGACUUAAUCUGUCCUAUAAAGCAACUUCUCAUGCGUCAUUUAGCACAAAUGCAUCCUGAGGAGGUUGGCACUGUUUGUCUGGGAUUCUUUAAAGCCCAAACCUCUCUUCCAGCUGGAGCAGUGACUCGUAUUGUUGAUAAGGCACUCUCUGUUGUGACUGAGAUGGGUGACUUUGCAAUGGUCAAUGUGUUGAAAUACCUGCGUUUCAGCUAUCUUUUUCACAGGUCAUGGUUGGAAGCCAUGGGAAGGGAAAUUCCUCAACGGGCUCAUCGGAUGGGAGUCCAGGGCCUCAUGCAUGUGACUUUAACUUGUUCAGCUCUUCAUUAUCGUAAUGAUAGCAUCCUGACUUCUAUUGCAGAGAGAGUUCCCUCUCUUGUGCCACAUUGCAGGAGUAAAGACUCAAGCAAACUUCUGUGGGCCUUUUCCACCUUAGGGUUCCUUCCAGCUCAGAGUCAGAGUUUGUAUCCGAGCCUGACAGAUGCCCUGAGGCAGAGGAAAGCAGAGUUCCAGCGAUACCCUGAACACCUGCUGACUGGUCUUCUAGGUUUGGCUUUUGUUUCUCAAUUUCCAGAGGAUCUUGUUACGUUAGCUCUAAGUCCUGAGUUUGUCCACUUAGCACUGAGAAACUCCAAGCUAGAGCUGAAAAAAGAUUUGUUCACCUUGGAUGCAGCUGUGACUCUAGAGCUCCCUCAGUGGAAAGGCCCACGAUUGAGUGGCGAACUCAGAGAAGAGGUGGCGGAAAUGCUGUGGAAGUUUGCACAGUCGGAUGUUUGCCUAAAAUCAGAGGUUUUGGAGGCAGAAUCGGCUCUUCAGGAUCUUCUCGGUGGAGACAAAUUUGUAUGCAAAAGAAUGAUCAUGCCGCACACUCGCUCCAUCGAUCUGGAAAUACAUCUGGACCCCAAAGGACAACCAAUACCUGUGAACGUACUGUGCCCUAAGCAGAAUCCCGCAAUGGUUCCUUCUUCCCAAAGCUGGGAGAAAAUAAACUCAGGAGUAACAAUCACAGACAACCUUGUAGCACAAUUAAUAAAAGGCAAAAACUCAACUGAGCUUCCUCCAACAACUAUAGCAGCUUCCUCAGUUGGAGAGACACCACGCCAAAGGUUACCACCUGACGAAGGUGGGAGAAUGUUUGAUUCAGUUCUAGAUUUGACCAAUGACAUGAUAGAAGCCCUCACCAAACCCAGCCGCAGUGACCGUACUCACCAGGACUCGGUUCGCCAAGGCAUUAAAGACUCAGUCAAAAUUGCUGUUCAGAUUUCAAACAGGAACCACUACUGCAUACAGUCACAGCAGCUGCUGGGGCUUCAUGCCAUGAAGAGACGACACUUGAAAAUUGCGGGAUACAGGGUGGUAGAACUGAGCCAUUGGGAGUGGUCUUCAAUGCUGAGGAAAAGCAGGGCAGAGAAACUGGCAUAUCUACACUGCAAAAUCUAUGACAGUCUGUAAGGUUUCAGAAACCUCUAGAAAAUUCAUGUUGAACAGUGUUGCAAAAAUGUCCAGGGUCCUGUUGCAUCCUAAAAUCUUGAGUAUGUGCAAAGUACAGAAACAUCUACUAAGUAGAUAAUUUAGUUCUGUGUUUGUUUUGUAUGUGCAAUGGAUUUUCAAACUGUAUUCACGUCUAGAAUGGCAGGUUGUUUGAUUAUUAUACAUUGGGACCAUUAAAAACAAUUAACUUUUUAUACCUCUACUGUGACAUAAAUCCUGUACAAAUCUUUAGCAAAAAAAUGAGGAAAGAAAUGUUAAAAGUAAAAGAGCUGUCUGAUUUCCUAAGGGCAGAUACCCUUAAGAUAAUAAAAUGUAAUGCCCAUUUUAAUUCAAAAACAGCAUGUAUUCUUUUUUUCAUCGCAAUCUUUUGCAAAAGUUAUAUUAUGAAUCCAUCUUUUUGUGAACAGUCCUCGUUAGGUGGCACCCCAUUAGGGCUGAAACGAUUCCUUGAGUGAAGCUCAAGUGAUUCAAGUACCUCGAUUAUCAAAAUUUCUUGAGGAAAAUUUAUCUGCCUCGACGCUCCGUUCAGUCAUGUUUUAUUAUUUAAUGCACCGUGUUCUGGCCGGGUCAUUAUUUGCGUUCCAACGAAGACAUUUUGAAUAAUGGCAACUUUGUAUUAAAAGUGUCAUGACACUUUAUGACAACAUUCAUAAAUAUUCAUGAAGAUUUACUCAUGUUCAUGAAAAGUGUUAUGUCAUGUUUAUGACGGUGUCAUGACAGUCUUAUUCACAACCCGUCAAAUAAAGUGUUACCGAAGUAAGAAGACAACAAUGCAAAAUGCUUCAGGGUCACCCUACUUAACUAGAAAAAGUGAAGAAAAGGGAGACCUUGUUGAAUAAAAGAGAAACUUUUAUUUUUAAAGAGAAACUUUAAAAAUGAAAGCAAGGGAAAGAAACAUUUAACACAGAUUUUGUAUGCACAUUUAAAGUUUUUGCAUACAACUUUACCAGGGACACCAAAAAUAGUGGAAGGAGCUUUAGCUUUCUCUUUGACUCAUAGUCAGUAUUUCUGACAUUCCGUUAACUUCAAUUGCUGGUGCAAAACGUGAUUUACCAAUACAAUGCAAACGGGGCAUUGCUUAAAAUCUCAUUGACAGUGUCUCUGCAUACUAAGUGACAGUCUGGUCACAGCUCCACUGAACCUGGAAAAUGCAUUCUUUCACAGUAGAAAAGAACUGAUCCUUUUGCUGCAUUGACCUCCCUCAGCUUUUGGCAGAUGACUUUAAUCUGGAGGUCAUCUGCCUGUCUGUCUUUUCCCACUCUGCCAAAUGGAAAUUUAGUACUUUGUAGUACUCCUUUCUCAUGCAUCGUUUUUGAGAUGGAAAGAAAAUACAGAAAUAGAUUUCUUCUUGAACUUUAUGAAGACUUUACUUUUUGUAUUUGUAUAGCAGUUAAGUGCUACAAUUGCUGAAUAAUUGUAGGUGACUCAGAAGAUGUUUGUUGUUUUUUUUUAAUAGAAAAAAUAGCCAAGUCUGAAAGUGCUUUGAAACCAUGAUGAAGAGUAAUGAUUCACUUGAUUCAGAAUUUAUGAGUAUAUUUUCAGAGUGUACUUGACAACUGAAAUGAUUUGCAGGUGCUGUUUUGUUUUUGUCCUCAUUUCGAAGUUGUGAUGAAUCUCAGAUAAAGAGCACAUAGUUAUGGUGGUCUCCCUAAAUUUUAUACCUUCUCCAUUUCCCUUUGUGUCACUGACAGCGGUGCCUUUCAUCAGCUUGUUGGCUGUUUUUAUAAUGUGGGAAAACAAAAGCAGCUUCAAGAUUUCCUGUCGGAGACAAAUGUCCAAAAUAAAAAUAAAAACAAUGAGCAGGAAGAAUUUGUUUUGACAUUAUUUACUGUCAGGCACAAUUAGUUUCUUUAGAAAUGGUAAAGGGAAUCACCUGAGCUGAAACGAAAACCCCUUCUUAGAGCUGCUUGCACUGGAA